AUUGUCAAUCCACAUGAAAACAAAUCACUAAUACAUUUUCGUUUAAUGCGGAUGUGUUUCAAAACCUAAUAGUAUAUUAACUUAGCCGGUUGCAUCGCGCAGCUGUGUGAACUUGAACGUCCUUUUUGUCCAAAACACUCGUACUUAACUAUGUGUAAGUGUUUCUCGGCAAUGCACACCGACUGUAGGCCCGAUAGCACGCGUUGGCCACUGGGUGUCGCUCUGGAGCAGAAAAUGGCGCGGCAUCUCCCCCACCCCCUAAACAUCUCCGAAUGUGUGCAUGCGUGCGAAUGUGUAGCGCCGAGAAACUCAGAAUGGCCAGAUUCACUCAGACUGAGACAAGAAGGGAGCAGCACCCACAGCCGCCCCAUCCCGCUUACUCCAGCCUGCUUUUCACUGGACCCGGGGAAGCACCGACCCAACAUCCACUCCUCCUAAUCCCGCACCAGCACCAGUACGCUCAGAUCCCAUUUCCUAAACCCAUGAACGGGUCAGAAUCCAUCUCCAUUCAUCCGGAGAACGGCACCAUGAAAGAUCAAGAUGCCAUAAAACUCUUUAUCGGGCAAAUACCGCGGAACCUUGAGGAAAAAGACCUGAAACCAUUAUUCGAACAGUUUGGGAAAAUCCACGAAUUGACUGUAUUAAAGGACCGAUACACCGGCAUGCACAAAGGCUGCGCGUUCCUCACCUACUGCGCCCGCGAGUCGGCCAUCAAAGCCCAGAACGCCCUCCACGAACAGAAGACACUGCCGGGGAUGACUCGCCCCAUCCAGGUGAAGCCAGCUGACAGCGAGAGCCGUGGAGAAGACAGGAAGCUGUUCGUGGGGAUGCUGAACAAACAGCAGACGGAGGAGGACGUGUACCGUCUUUUCGAGCCCUAUGGAGUCAUCGAGGAGUGUACUGUGCUAAGAGGUCCGGAUGGAAAUAGUAAAGGCUGCGCCUUUGUAAAGUUCUCCACACACGCUGAAGCUCAGUCUGCAAUCAGCGCCCUGCACGGCAGUCAAACCAUGCCAACUGGCUCCGAUUCUCUCCUCCCUCAGGGCGCGUCGUCCAGCCUGGUGGUCAAGUUUGCCGACACGGACAAGGAGCGCACCAUCCGCCGCAUGCAGCAGAUGGUGGGCCAGUUUGGCAUCUUCAACCCUGCCAUCGCCCUGCCCUUCAGCACCUACAGCACCUACGCGCACGCGCUGAUGCAGCAGCAGGCGGCCCUCAUGGCUUCCAGUCACGGUGGCUACCUGGCGCCCAGCGUGGCCUUUCCCACCACCCAGAUCCACCAGAUGGGGGCGCUCAAUAUCAGCAGCCUGCCACCCACCCCCAUGACCCCGGUGUCGGCAGGCCUCAGCUCACCGCCUGCCAACAUCACCACAUCAGCCGUUCCCAGCAUUGUCACUCCUAUCGUCAACGGCUUUACCAGCAUCCCUCACCAGCCCAACGGACACCCUGCGGUCGAGGCCAUGUACACCAACGGACUGCCCGCUUAUUCCACCCAAAGCCCCACGGCUGCAGACACCCUACAACAGGCCUUCACCGGGGUGCAGCAAUAUACAGCCAUCUACCCAGCGACCACACUGACCCCUAUUGGCCAAAGCUUGCCACAGCCACCGCAAGUCAUUCAACAGCAGCAGCAGAGAGAAGGUGAGGGACCAGAGGGCUGCAACCUCUUCAUCUACCAUCUACCGCAGGAAUUUGGUGACAACGAGCUCAUGCAGAUGUUCCUUCCGUUUGGCACAGUCAUCUCCUCCAAGGUCUUCAUGGACAGAGCCACCAACCAGAGCAAAUGUUUUGGCUUCGUGAGCUUCGACAACCCAGCAAGUGCACAGGCUGCUAUCCAGGCCAUGAACGGCUUUCAGAUCGGCAUGAAGAGGUUGAAAGUGCAGUUAAAACGGCCGAAGGAUGCGAGCCGCCCGUACUGACAGGGCCCAACCCACACACGGCUCUCAGCAACAGCACAGGAUUUGAAGAGUGAAAUCUCAAAAGGAAUUUAACUUUUUCUUUCAAAACAACCAAGAACAACAUGAAUGGAUUUUUUUGAAGACAUAUCAGCAUUUAUUUUAUGAAGAUGUUCGGUACAGAGGAGGGGUUGCAGGUGAACCGGCACCCGUGGACAAACCACACUCGGCACAGUGCACGAAAGACAAGUGGAAGAUCUCUCUAAAGACAGAGAACUCAACAUGUCCUGUCUCUCGCUGAGCUUCUCACCAUCAGUCAAGCAACAAACAAAAAGGAAAAAAAAAACGAGCGAGAACAACUUCAAUUUCUAUAUACAUAUUAUACACACAUAUGCUAUUUAAAGGAAGAGGCGCUUAUGGCUUUUAUUACACUGGACAAAUGAGGGUUAAACUUGAAGACCAAGGAAAAAUACAGUGGAAAAAAAAGAAGCUCUUCUUGUCCCGCUAGUGGACUUUCUUUCUCUUUUCCUCUUACCUUUUCUUCUGUCACCGUCUUUCAGCAAACGCAGGACAUUCUGUGGUCACAGAAGUUUCCAUGCCCUCAGUGAAACUGACAAAUCUUUCACCCCAAAGGGACCAAAGGACCAAACAUUUUUAUUCCUCAACAGAAAUAUAUGGUAUUAAUAACAAUACUAAUACUACAAACUACUACUAACAACAUAAGUUUAAAGAAAAAAAAGCAUAAAUAUUCGCUUCAGGUCGGAAGAGGAAAGGGAUUUUAAUUUCCUUUUACAUUUAUA